AUGAAGAUGUUUAGUGCAGCUAUGAAAAACUACGGGAAGCUAGUUUCGAGGACUCAUAGAAGACUAGUCCAUAAUGUCAUAGGUAUAGAUUUGGGUACCACCAAUUCAGCUGUUGCAGUGCUAGAGGGCAGUGAAGUCAAAAUCUUAGAAAACGAAGAAGGUGGUAGAACUACUCCUUCGGUGGUGGCCUUCAAUGGAGAUGACAAACCAUUGGUAGGCUUACCUGCAAAAAGGCAAGCAAUCAUCAACCCCCAAAAUACUUUCUUUGCAACCAAAAGAUUGAUAGGAAGAAAAUAUACUGAUACUGAAGUGCAAAAUGAUUUGAGUAAUGUUCCCUUCAAAAUCAUUCCCAAUGAAAACGGGGAUGCGUGGGUUUCCACAACAGACAACAAGAAGUUCUCACCUUCACAUAUAAGUGGGAAUAUCCUCAGCAAAAUGAAAGAAAUUGCUGAUUCUUAUUUUCAUGACCCUGUCAAACACGCUGUGGUCACAGUACCAGCUUACUUUAACGAUUCUCAGAGGCAAGCCACAAAAGCAGCUGGCAAGAUAGCAGGUUUAGAUGUGCUAAGAGUCAUAAACGAACCUACUGCGGCUGCACUUGCUUAUGGUAUAGACAAGAAACAAAAAGACGGGAUUGUAGCUGUUUUUGAUUUAGGUGGUGGAACUUUUGACAUCUCAAUUUUGGAUAUUGAAGAUGGUGUCUUCGAGGUGAGAGCAACCAAUGGGAAUACUCAUUUGGGUGGUGAAGAUUUUGAUAUCUUGUUGUUGAAUUAUAUUUUGGAUGGUUUCAAAGCACAGUACGGGAUCGAUAUACUGACUGACCGUUUAGCUGUUCAAAGAAUUAGAGAGGCAGCUGAAAAGUGCAAAAUUGAAUUAUCUCAUGUGAAACAGUCGGAAAUCAGUAUUCCUUUCAUAAAGGAGGAUAAACACAUCAACUUCACUUUGACGGAAGAUGAACUUGACAAUAUGUCAUUACAUUUGAUUAAUAAAACUAUCGAUCCUGUGAAAAAGUGCAUCAGAGACGCAGGAUUGAAAGUCAAAGAUAUUGACGAAGUGAUUCUAGUUGGGGGAAUGACAAGGAUGCCCAAAAUCAGAAAAGUGGUAGAGGAUUUAUUCAAGAAAACACCUAACACCCAGGUCAAUCCUGAUGAAGCUGUUGCUAUGGGGGCUGCUAUUCAAGGUGCUGUUUUGUCAGGGCAAAUAAAGGACGUUGUUCUUUUGGAUGUCACACCACUUUCUUUGGGUAUAGAAACCUAUGGUGGUAUAUUCAGUCCAUUGAUCCCUAGAAACACUGCCAUUCCUGUCAAGAAAGAGCAAGAAUUUUCUACAGCUGUGGAUGGGCAAACUGGGGUGGAAAUUAGAGUCUUCCAAGGUGAGAGAUCUCUCGUCAAAGAUAAUAAGCUAAUUGGACAUUUUUUAUUGAAAGAUAUACCUGUAAGCCCUAAAGGUGUGCCACAGAUAGGGGUGGAAUUUGAAAUCGAUGCAGAUGGGAUCAUUCAUGUAGCUGCAACCGACAAAACAAAAUACCCUGAAGACCUGCCUCAUUACGGAAAGGAGAAUAAGGUAUCAAUAACUGUUGCCGGUGAAAUCGGAUUGUCUGAAGAGGAAAUCGAACGAUUAAUCAGGGAAAGUAAAGAGAAUGCCAAAAGAGACCAAGAAUUGAAACAGCAUAUUGAAAAUGCUACAAGAGCCGAUAUAGUUUGUGCAGAUACUGAUAAUGUCAUUUCUCAAUUUGGAAAACUCAUGGAAGAACAAGAAAUACAAAUCAUACAAGAGAAAUUGAAAUCUUUGAGAAACAAAAUCAACGACAUAAGAGACCGCGGAAUCAUUCAUGACCCUCAGGGUAUACGUGAUGAAGUUGACGAAAUGCAAAAAAUAUGUAUGGGAGCCAUCCAGAAAGUAGCUGUAAAGCAACAACAAUUGAAAGGAAAGUAA